GAACUCGGUUGCCUAGCGACCAGUGGAAGUGUAGCGUCAGCUAGCCAGCUAGCCAGCUAGCUAAGUGGUUUGCUAACACAUGGAUUAUGUCUCAGAAACUCGGCCAUUAAAUGCCUCCGAAAAGAAAAGGACCUCUGCAGCUCGUGCAGAGAGAAGUGGACGGCAUCAAGAAGCAGGUGGACAGUCUGGUGAAGGAUGUGCAGCGUCAGGUUGGAUCCACUGAAGAGGCAUUUCGAAGAUGUCAAGAACUGCAGAUGUCGUCAGAGAAGACGCUGAGGACGCUGAGGAAACUCACAAAGGCUGAUGAGCUGGCUCCUGUGGGAAACUACGACCAAAGGAAACAGGAAGAGGAGACACGGCUGCAGAACAUCCUGGAGCGUCUGAACAUACUCUCUCUGGAGCUUUCACCACCAGGACCGAGCACAGCUGCCGGCUAUACUGCAAAGGAAGAAAGUGAUAAUGACGACGACGGCAAAGAGAGUAAUAGUGAUGAUGAUGAUGAUGAUGAUGAUGAUGACAGUGAUGAGGAUGAAGAUGAGAAGCAAGCUGUGAAACCACCCUCCCAGUCAGACUCUCGCAACUACAAAGUCCUCAGUGAUUUCCAAGGAGAGGAGGAAGGAGAUCUGUCUGUUCAGAGGGGGGACGUAUUGAGGAUUAUCAGGAAGACGGCAGAUGGAUGGUGGCUGGCUCAGGACAGUGAAGGCAACAGAGGAGUGGUUCCAAAAACCUACCUGAAGAUUGACUCUGGUGUUGAUGACGAUGAUGAUGAUGAUGAUGAAAAUGAGGAGGAGUCAUCUGAGGAGGAGGAAGAGCAAGAUGGUGAAGAGCUGACUGAUGACAAACAGAGUGGGGCCUCACAUUCUAACUGGUCCACUGUGAGAAAGGCUCUGACUGAGAUUGAUGCAACAGAUGUGCUCUCUGCCAUGGGGGCUAUACCUUCAGGUUUCAGACCAUCAACUCUCAAUAAACUGCUGGUGGAGGAAGGUCUAACAUACAGAGGAAGUCACCAUAUUCAGCCUGAACUCAGCCAAUCACAGCUCUCCUUUAAAGACCUCUUUCUGGACCCAGACACUGGCAGGGUUCGUGCUCGGCAGGUCCGCACUUGUGUCAGUUUCACUUUGUGGAGCUGCAAGAUGAUUCCCACCCCGGGGGUCGGAGUUCAGGUCCUGAGCCGACACAUACGCAUCUGUGCCUUCGAUGGAACUCAGGUGUUGAGUAACAUCCACACAGUGAGAGCAACUUACAACCCUAAGAGCCCAAAGACCUGGAGCUUCUCUCCGAGGAUGACAGGUAUCCUACCCACCCUCCUAGACGGAGACUGUUUCCUUCGCUGCAACUCUGCAUCUCCUGACCUCGGGAUCCUCUUUGAGCUGGGGGUCACUUUUAUACGGAAUUCGACUGGUGAGAGAGGAGAACUGAGCUGCGGCUGGGCUUUCCUCAAACUGACCGACGACACAAGAAAUCCACUCCCCAAUAGGACCUAUGAGCUGCAGGUGAACGGUGGAACUCCCUACGAGAAGGACGUAGCCAUGGAAGCUUCAGUCACCAGAGGAUCUCCAGCCGCUGGUGUUUUCCAGCAGAUCCUUCAGGCCAGGCGGCAGCCCAGACUGAUGGUGAAGUUAAAAUCAAUCAACAGUCGCACCAGAACGCAGCUCAGUCUCCUCCCCGACACUCUGCUGCACUGUCUGAGCUGUGUCCACCUGCUGGCUCUGCACAGACAACUGUUAGCGGACACUCUACUGAUGGACAGGCCCACCAUGCAGAAUGCAGAUCUCAUAUGCAGUCCUGUACUUUCCACAUUUCCUGUUCUGUUGGACCAACUUGACCUGCUGGAUGCUCUCAGGGGUGCGUGGCUGGAAACUGAGAUCAACAUGAGCAGAGCACAGAAGAGAGACUUGUCUUUCGUCAAACAGGAGUUUGUAAAAGUCUACAUGUCGUCCGUCUAUUUCUUCCUCCACUCGCCCUCGCUGCCCGGUCACCGCUGGGCCGACCCUCCCUCAGAGGAGCAGCGGGCCAGAGCCAUCUACGCCACCCUGGAUUCUCUGAAACACCAGCAGCACACCACGGGACAAUCGGGAUGUCCGGAGGUCUUUGUCGACCCCAUGCACCGUCACAACGCCUUUGAUAUCACAGAGUUGACCUUUGACCUCCUCCAUGUAGCCCGGUGAUGAUUACAUUACAUCAAUCAAGUACAACUUGAUUUGAUUUUUAUGAAAUAAUUUAAAUUAUUUGUAUUCUAGGUAUCAGCUUGGUUAAUUAACAUGAAUAAAACCCUUGAAAGUGCCAUAAAUUCAUUUAUGAAACACGUAAACUUAAAGAAUGAAGCUGGCAAUGUUCUUUAUUUUUGUUAAUGUGACAGACUAUGAUAGGUUACUUCAAAAAUCCACUGUGUUCUGCUGAAGAUGUAAAAAACAUGUUCAUGAAUAA